AUGACCGCUGGGCCAGCCGUGCAGAAGAACGUCUCAUAUGAAUGGGUUCUCCGUGUGGUCGAAUACAUCGAGGCUUUCCUCCACAAGAAAGGCACAUACAUGGAGAACCAUGGUUAUUUGAGUGAAAAUAAUCGUUCAAUGCCAUUCGCUCACAAAUUGCACGAUCUGGGAUGGCGAGAAAACUGGCGACAUUUCCUCGGACUGCGACGGGAUCGGUUCUUCUCACGCCAUGUAUUACUUCCAGCGAGCUUUCCACCCACACUCAUCAAUGAAGAAGGAAGACUCGAAAGUGUAAAUUGUGAGAAAAUUCUA